GGGCGGACUGGGGAGCUGAGUAGUGCGCGUGAGGCCGGCUGCUUAGGAGGAUGCACGCAGCAUGUUCGGCUUCUUCAGAAAACAAGCCAAGAGCGCCAAUAAAGAGGCCGACGCCGGCCAACAUGCACCAGUAGUCAACACGACAGACACAAUGACGGUCAGCAACAACGACGACUUCUCGCCAGACCCUGUCACCUCCGUCAGGAGGCGCUUGGAGGCCAAAGUUGACGACCUGUCGACUCAGAUUGCUGCCAAAGAUGCCGAGAUUUUCCAGCUCAAGAACACGCUCGGUGACCUCAACAGGCAGGUCAGCACCAAGUCCGCCAGCAUGGACAGAGUGCAAGCCGAGUUGGAGGCAGCUUAUAAAGAGACUGAGUUAGCGAAGACGGCUCUGAGGAGGUUUGAGGACGAGAAGGAAAACUUCAGGCACCAAAACGACGAGCUGAAGGAGGUACUAGAAAAGAGGACCAGCAGCUGCAGUGAGGAUGAUUCCGACGAUGAAGAUGACGAGGAUGAAGAGUCUGAGGAGGAGGAAGAGGACACCAAGGAGCUCAAAGAGAAAAUCCAGAAACUGGAGGAGCAGUUGGCAGCUCUGACCAACGAAAGGGACCGAUUGUUGGAAGAGAAGGAAAGCGCCGAGAAGAAACAUGCCGAAGAAACCAAACAGCUGAAAGAAGAACUGGACGAGGCCGUGGCGCAGAAAAAGGCCGUCACAGCAAAGUACGAGAAAGAGUAUGAGCAGCUACGCACCGUCAACUCUGACAGGGAGCAGCAAAUGCUGGACGACUUCGAGUGGAAACUGCGUGAGGUUGAGGGUAGUUGCAAACGCAAGCUGGAGGAAAAGACCAAGGAGGUGGAGCGCAGGGUCAAGGACGUGCAGAUCAAGCUUGACCAACGCAUCGCCAUGCACACAGCAGACGUGGAGAAACUGCAGAAACUAGAAGCAGAAAUGACGCAGCUCCGCAGCCUGAGUCACGACCAGCAACGCUUGCUUCGCGAAGCGCAGCGAGAGCAUGACAAACUCGAAGCCAACAUAGGGAUGCUGAAUAGCGAAAUCAGCAGGUUGAAUGGCCAGCUGGAGAGGGAAAAGAACGUCCUCUCGGCGGUGCAGAGCUUAAAUCAGAGAAAGAAAGAGGAACGCGAGGAGCUGCACGAACAACAGAUGCAAAUCCAGAAGAAGGAGGUCGCGCAGCAGGUGGAAGAGCGUGUGAAGAGAGAAUUAGAUCAGGAGAUGCGUUCGAAAGUGGAUGAGGCGAUAUUAAAAAAGCAAGGGGAAUUCGAGCGCGAACUAGCCGCCGAGCAAGCACGCGCCCAAGAGAAACUGGAAGCCAGUCAGCGCCAGAUUUCUCAGCUCAAGGACCAAAUGACUCGGCGGGAAGAACAACACCGCAGGGACAUGUCCAACGCCAUCCAGGAGGCGGACAGCAGCCGCCUGGAGUUGAGGAGGAAGCUGGACAAGCUGGAUUUGCAGUACCAGGAUAGGAUAGAGGCGCUGAAUGAGGCGCACGCUGUCCAGAUGGAAGAGCUGGAGAAAAAGGCCAGCCAGGCUGAGAUGCAACUAGUUUCCUCCAAAACCACUCUGGAGCUGGUCAAGGAGCAGAUGACAAGGGACUUUGACGACAAGUUCAACGAACUCUACAAACAACACCAGAAACAGCUUGCGAGACAAAGAGACGAGUUGCAAGAAGUGCAUGAAGAAGAAAUUACAGCCCUGCAAGCAAGACACAUUGCGGAAAUCGCAGCUCUGUGCAAAAACAAAGUCAACGGCGACGUCGAGCUGGUGGACCCUGCCGCGCACAAAGAGAUUCUCAACAAACUAAGCAGCGUGGCGCCGCAGGAUGCGGUGAAAUCGUCCCGGCAGCCGUCAAUGGCGCUGCUCAUGCCCCUGCUGGUUUGGGCGUGCGCCGACUCGCCGCCGCUCGCCCUGGCCGCCCUUUUGCUCGUGGCGGCCGCCUACCUGCUCGCCAGGGUUGCCACCGCCAAAUCCCAAGCUCAAACUCUCUCUUGAGAGCAGCAGUGACACAGACUGCAAUGAAAGCCAACAAAAGACAAUUUAGCCUCCGCGCGCAUUUUGCCAGUGUCGUUCGUGCUGUGAUAUUUUUACAGACGCUGCUAGUCACGAAAUAAUAUAUUUAGUGCUUUUAAAUUUUAGUUCGUAUUAAUAUAUUAUAAUGUCUCAUACAACUCACUGAUCAUUUUUCGAACAUCUGCCGCCCACCCCCGUGUCUUUCCGUUGAAUGUAUUCUUAUAAAUACAUGUUUAGAUGUGCUGUGCUAAGUAAUAAAUAAUAAUAUAACGUUGAAUAAAAUAUAAAUUCGCGACGAGUUUGGCCGAAUAUAUAUUUAUAUAUUUUUUGCAUCCGCCCACCAACCACUUCAGUGAUCUGCACUGUGCUCAUCUCAUUCAUCGCUAGGAUUUUAAAUUAUUUUUAGUCGCACGCCAGACGCUCAAGGCGCGCAAGUGCUUAUUUCUGUCCAUACCCCUUAAGCUCGUGUGAAUAUGCGCGACAUUGGAGAAGACGCGAGCGCUUCACACUCUAUCUAUCUACACUUGUUAACUCUUUUUCUGCCGCUAUGUUUUUUGUAACUAAUAAUAAAAUGGUUAAAAUGAA